UCUGAGGAAUUAGUUGACAUGCUCCGAAUAUUCUUAAUAUUUCAAAGUGUUUACUAAAUAAUAAAUGACGUUGAGGAAGUGCAAUACACAGGCCAACACAUGGGGGGGCGCUCAGGCUCUUUUUCGUUGGUGGACUCGUCAUAACAGAUAAUGAAGAAGACGACCCCUCCUGUUUGGGGCAAAGCUGUCGCUCAACCUUAAGACAAUCAAUAUUUAACUACAAGUACUUAUUGAAGUUCAACUCUAGUGCAAUUGUUACCUAGUAAUAUUUCACAUACUUGUGGCUGUCAGCAAACCUCACCUGCUUUCCCCGGGAGCUCCCAAGACUGCGGCGUUCCAGAGAAGCAACCAGGCUCGGCUAAGCUAACCUAGGCUAGGCUAGGUGGCUAGCUGUGGCGCUAAGCAGUCAGAAUGGAUCUGUUUGACGACCUGCCGGAGCCAACUCAGGCCGGUGUCGUCUCAGCGGCUGUUGCAGUCCUGCCACCAUCCACCAAAGAAGAGAAGAGUGCAAAACGAAAACGAGAGGAUGAAGUGUGUCCCACGAUUCGAAAAGAAGAGGAAGAGGAGGAGAACAAGAAAGUUUGUAGAGAAGGCCUCCCCUUGCUGAGAGGCUACGUGGCGGCGAGGCGUGGCGAGCGUGACGAGAUGCAGGACGCUCACGUGCUGUUGCCCGACAUGAGCACCUGUUUGUCAGCACUGCCCAGUCAAGUAUCUCGGGUGUCGUAUUUUGCCGUGUUCGACGGCCACGGCGGGGCUCGAGCGUCUCUGUUUGCCGCAGAGCAUCUUCACCAAACCCUGGCUAAGAAGUUUCCUCGAGGUGAAACUGACAACCUGGAGAAACUUGUUAAAAAAUGUCUCAUAGACACUUUCCGCCAAACAGACGAGGACUUUCUGAAGAAAGCGUCUAGCCAGAAGCCAGCAUGGAAAGACGGCUCCACGGCGACAUGCAUGCUGGUGCUGAAUGACGUGGUCUACGUGGCCAACCUGGGAGACAGCAGGGCGGUGUUGUGUCGGAUGGAGGCGGAGGGAGGAUCCACAGAGGAACGGCGGCCAGCGACGCUGGCGCUCAGUAAAGAACACAACCCGACUAUCUACGAGGAGAGGAUGAGGAUCCAGAGGGCGGGAGGCACCGUCAGGGACGGCAGGGUGCUGGGCGUCCUUGAGGUGUCUCGCUCCAUUGGAGACGGUCAGUACAAACGCUGUGGCGUCAUAGCCACACCUGACCUGAGGAGGUGUCAGCUGACGUCCAGUGACAGGUUCAUCAUCUUGGCCUGUGACGGCUUGUUCAAAGUCUUUUCUGCUGAUGAAGCUGUCAAAUUUGUACUAGACCUCUUUCAGGAAGGAGGUGCUGACCAGAAGUUGACAGACAAGGAGGAGCAGUUUGAGGCUGCUUGCCAACAGUUGGCCAGUGAGGCGGUCCGACGAGGCUGCGCCGACAACGUCACCGUCAUUCUGGUUUCUAUUGACUUCUGAACACAACAGACACACAUACACAUAAACACACCGUAUGAAUUUACUUUGUUUUCCAAUAAAAUCGUUUUCUUUACUUCCUCUU